AUGUGUGCCAAUGGCAUCGCAUGUGCACCAACACUCCUCCUCGAUGUGAUGCGUACUGCAUGCCACACUCAGUUCACCAAGACCAUCACAAAGUUGAUGGCAACUUCGACUGCUCGGACAUGUGGACCCACUGCUGUGGAACAUUUCUUACAGAUGGACUACAAGGAGGACUCCUCAGUCAAGGAAGAAGUGGCUGCUCAAUUGAAGAAUUGUGAGUACACACAAACAAACCGCAUGUCCAGCCUUUGUGCAGAAGCCAGCAAAGCAAUGACAGCCCAUGGCGAAGCCUACGUGAUGCAGAUGGAAGAGGAAGCCAAAGCCGAAUGUCAACGUCACACAGACAAGGUAAAACGUGAACUAGAAGAGUUACGCAACCCCUCAGACACUCUCAAACUGCAUUUUCACCAUGGGAAGGGGAGCACUGGGUUCACCUUCUGCAACUCACUUCCUGACCACACCAAACAGAUUGUUGAACCAUUCACAAUGUUUCUGAAGGGUGCAUUCACUUCUAGUGCUACAUCUCAACCACCUGAAGGAUUAUGUGGUGAGGAGCAGAUUGACUUUUUCAGCAGGGUCGACAUGCUUGAUCCCACCCCUUCUCUUACUGAAGCCUGCACUAACACCCCUUCAAUUCCAAUUCAAGAACCGUCGGCUUUGGAGUCUCUGCCCAUGGAAGGCGGAGGUGUAUUCAUACACCCCGCUGACAGCAAACUUUGUAAUGUGAUUCACCCAUCUUCACAUGACCCAAACAGCUAUUCCUUGCCCAACGUUUACCUGAGCCUGAGCCUGACAUGGACUACAACCUUACCAAUACUCCCUCCCUUCCCUUCUCAGGAUGGCCCAGACACACCCAUAACUGCGUGGAACAAGGACUUCGAUGCUGGUAGGAUUCCCAUUGUUUCUCUGCCCCAUCUUCACGAUGCCUUUGCAUGUGUGGCUUCACAGAGUCCUUCUGUCCAAGGCAAGAAAAUACCCCGUGCACAUCCUGUUAUUUGGGGUCAAGCUACAGCGCCUUCUAUCUAUGAUAAGCUCUGUGACUCAACACCACCGUCUCCUAAUGCACCCCCUGCAGCCCCCUUGUUGGCAGUUCCUGAUGUUGCCACUGGGCCUCUCGCAAGUGACACAUCGACAUCUUCCAAUGCACCAGCCCUACCUUCUACCCCACCUGCACCAACAUUGAUGUCUCCCAAUGCACCAGUUCUACCUUCUACCCCACCUGCAUCAACACCAACGUCUCCCAGUGCACCAGCCCUCAUGUUGGCGGUUCCACCUUCCUCCCCACCUGUAUCUACAUCAAUGUCUUGCCAUGCACCUCCUGCAGCCCUUGUCUCAGUGGUUUUACCUCCUGCCUUGCCUGCAUUAACAUCGACAUCUAUCCAUGCACCUCCUGCAGCUCUUGUCUCGGCAGUUCCACCUCCUGCUCCUCCUACAGCCCUUGUCUCAGUGGUCACCACUGUUCCUGCUGUUCCUGUGCCUCUCACAACUCCUAUGGAAGGUAGUCAGCCUCAAUCUAGCACUGUGGACCAACCGAUGGAGGAGAUGCAACCAUUUGAUGAGAUAGCCAAUCAGUCGUUCCAUUGCAGCAACCGAAAUCAUCUUCUGUCAACCCGUCUGAUAGACGCUAACAAGAUUGGCAACACUUCAAAGAGAUCUCGCAAGUCUAACACAUGA